AGUUGGACCAGUAAACCGAUCGUUUCUUUAUAUUCUACUUCUUGUUGGGUUGCCUCUUACACUUGAGCCCAAUUUAUAGAAGGCCUCCAUUUUAUGGCGGGUAUUCUUCUCUUUCCUCGUUUUCCUAAUGAUACAGUUUGAACUUUUAACCAAAGCAAAUUUUUUUUUUUUGAGGAACUUCUAUGUUUUUAAAGAAAAUACGUAGAAACCCAUUUGCUAUCUUUUCGAAUAUCUGUAAUUUAUCCACGUCAUGCCAGCAUCCUUGUUCCAGCAUUGACUCGUAUAAAUUCUCAAAACUCCUGAGCAAUUAUUUCAAAUCCGGCAGAAUUGCGGAUGCAGAGGACCUGUUUGAUAAAUUGCCUCAAAAGAACAUAGUUUCAUGGUCUAUUGCUAUCCAUGGAUAUGCCAUUAAUGGCUUUCAUAAAAAAUCCAUCAAACUAUUUUCUCAAAUGAGAAUGUCGGGUUUGGUUCCCAAUUCUUUCACUUUGGUGGGAGCUCUUGUCAACACUGGAGGACCGUUGAAUUUUAUGCUUGCAAAGUCUGUUCAUGGGCUCAUUGUUAAAAUUGGUUUGGAGUCUGGUUUAAUUGUAAGUACGGCACUUUUGGAUGCUUAUGCAAAAUGUGGAAAUGUGUCGGAUUCUUAUAAAGUAUUUGAGGAAUUGAAGAACCCAGGUUUGGUUACAUGUAAUGCAAUUGUUUCUGGGUUAUUAAACAAUGGGUUUUUUAAAGACGGUUUUAGGCUUUUUGAAGAAUUCAGGAAGUUUGGCUUGGUGCCUAAUGUGGCUACAUUUGUGACUCUUAUCAAGGGUUGUCUUACUUUAGAGUUAAAAAUGCUUUUUGAAACUAUAUAUGGUUUAAUUAUUAAGUUUGGUCUUUCUCUGGAUGUAUCUGUUAAUAACUCUGUUCUUAAUAUGUAUUGUAGUUUGAUGGAUUUGAAAGCUGCUACUAAGAUUUUUUAUGAAAUGCAAUGUAAAGAUGUUAUUAGUUGGACAACAAUGAUAGGUCUGUUGGUCGAUCUUGAAUAUGCCACAGAUGCUUUAAAGCUAUUUUCCAAAUUGAAGGAUAGUAAACUCAAUCUUGACUCGGUAGUUAUAAUGAAUCUCAUUUCAGUUUGUGCAAUUUUAGGAGAUUUGAGUAAGGGAAGACAAGUCCAUGCUCAAGCUGUUGUCUGUGGAUUCGGUUCAGAGCUUUCUCUUGUGAACUCCAUUAUUGCAAUGUAUUCGAAGUGUGGUGAUUUGAACUCUUCAAAAAUUGUGUUUGAUCAAACUACUGAAAGGAGUUUAACUUCAUGGACUGCAGUAGUUUCUGGGUAUUUGCAGAAUGGCAACCCAAGGGAGGCAUUGGAUCUUGUGAUUAAGGCAAGACUAAAAGAACAGUAUUCAUUUGAUUCAGUUAUGUUGGUCAGUGCUAUAAAAGCUUCCAGCGAGCUUGUUGCUUUAGAGUUCUUGCGCCAGCUCCAUUGUUAUACUUUUCAAACUGGGUUUUCUCAGUAUAGAUCAGUUCAGAAUAGUCUUAUAUCAGCAUACUCCAAAUGUGGGAAUGCUGAUUUGGCUUGCAUUGUGUUCACAGAGAUGGGUUCUCUUAAGGAUGUAGUCUCUUGGAAUGCAAUUAUAAAUGGCCAUGGAGAAAUUGCUCUUGCUUUCUACCAUGAAAUGAGGAAGGGCGGUGGCGAGGAUCCUGAUAGUGCAACCUACUUGUGCAUUUUAAGUGCAUGUAGCCAUGCAGGAUUGGUAAAUGAUGGUUUGAUGAUCUUUAACAAGAUGGUAGAGGAUAACAAAGUAAGACCAAGCCAAGAACAUUAUGGAUGUGUUGUUGACUUGGUUAUGCGAGCAGGCUGUUUAUCUGAUACAAGUGAAUUUGCUAGCAAAUUUUUGGAAGAAAUGGGUUCGAAUGUUUGGAAGUCUUUGCUCAGUGGAUGUGCAGUCCAUGGCAAUUUGGAGCUAGCAGAACUUGCUGCAAAACAUAUAUUCGAGAAAGGCGCGGGAAACAAAUCAGAGUAUAUUGUGGUCCUAUCGAAUGUAUAUGCAUUAGUUGGGAGGUUUCAAGAUGCUGAAUUUUUGAGAUCUCGUAUGCAAAACAAGGGCUUCACAAAGAAGCCAGGUAUCAGCUUUCUAAAUGGAAUUUAAUAUGAAUGAAGUUGAUUUUCUUUACAAAUGCAAUCAUGGAAGCAGCUGCUUGUAGUACUUGGGAAAACAUGUACAUGAGCUAGGGUCAAGGAGUGGCUAGUGAAGUCACUUGUAACAUACAAAUAAGAGCUAUUUUCUGGGUUGUAAGGUUCAAGGGAUUACAAUACAAGAAAGAAAAUUAUCCCUUCUUAAUUUCUAA